UUAGUUGCAUGAUCACUAGAUCAAGCCAUGGAUACGUUUACAAGUCCACCCGCUCCGGGUAGAUGCGUAACCUCCUCAAGGGAGAAUUCUAUUCUUUUACGGUUCAGAAGACGUACGUCUUCUUUGAGUAGAAUAACUCAGCUGUUAGUUUCUUAUGAAGAAGAUAUUUAAAUUUUUUGCAGUAGAUAUUUUUCUUCUUUUUGAACUUAACUUGAUUCGAGUAAAGACCUACUAAUUUGAUAUCGUUAAGCGUUUUACUGUUUUUAAUUAAGUGAUAUUUAACUCUCAAGUCGUCGAAUACCACAAGCACUACGCUCGAACAUGUUUGAAGCAUCUGUUUUCUGAGCAUAAGAAGAAAGAAAUCGACAGAAUCGUCAACGAAUACUGCUUCAAAAAGAUAAUGAAUGAGGGCUACGAAUGGCCAAACGGGGUGGCCCGUUUGGAGAAUACAGGAGGCUAAUGCCAUAUGCAAAGCUGUUGAAGACGUACUGCCAGCGAUCCCGAACAUAGAAAAUCUUACUGCCAACGGGUCGAUGUUCCUACCAGCGUUAGGCUUGAUGCUGCAAAAGGUGUUGCCUAUUUCCGAAGCUACUACAGACGAGCAAAAAAAGCCACGACUUUUCUCUUUAAUUCGAACACCUUCUUUGAAAUGGCACCAUAUCCAUAUCAACCACAAAACGUUGUCUAUUAUAACGAGCCAAAAGUAUCCUAGAAACACCUACAGAGAACAGGUUGAGGUCUUCCAUUGCGUUUUUUACUUGUAUACGUUUGGAUACAUUUCCGUCAAUGAUAUUGUUAACGACCGUGAAAUAAAGCUAAACUGCACUGCCCAAAGCGACGGACAUGGUAUUACACUACAGUUUGUCAGACGAAAGGCUACUUCCGGUAAUACAAAGGCAUUACUACAACUAGACGACUUCAACCUCGCGGAAGCAGGUGAGUAUUUCCACCCAAUUACUGUUGAUCCUGGACGGAAUGAAGUCUUUACAGCUGCGGUUGGCUUCAACAAUGUUAACCAUGAAACACGCAGUUGCAGCAAAGGUGAAAGAGCCAACUUUGCUGGCUAUACGAGGAGAAGCACUUAUUUGAAGAAAUUAAAAGAAAGGAAAGUAAUAACGUCCAUUGAAUCAUCGCUGCCUUCACCGAAGGUUGUGUCUAAAGAGGCCUAUAUUGUGUGACUUGGAAUACACAUUGCAACAUCUGCAGACACUAUUUGACUUCUACAGCUUCAAAUCGGCC